AAUUUAUUUCAUUCGGUAAAAAAAAAGAAACAAAAAUACAAAUUAAAAGCAUUUCAACAAAACUAAAAAAAACAUUUUAAGCAAAAAUUAACAAGAUGACGAUAUACAAUUUGUAUAUUUUCGAUAAAUAUGGUACUUUACUUUACUACGGUGAAUGGAAUCGAUUAAAAAAAUCAGGAAUUACUCGAGAAGAGGCAACUAAACUCACGUAUGGAAUGUUGUUUUCAAUAAAAUCUUUUGUAAAUAAAAUAUCUCCUCACGAUCCCAAGGAAGGAUUUUUAUUCUACAAAACAAACAAAUAUGCUUUACAUUAUUUGGAAACACCUUCAGGUUUGAAAUUUGUCCUGAAUACCGAUGUAGCUGCAAUGAAUGUUAAGGAGUUGUUACAACAAUUGUACAGUAAAAUUUGGGUUGAAUUUGUUGUUAGAGAUCCUUUAUGGUCUCCAAGUACUCCGGUUACCUCGGAUUUGUUUCAAACUAAAUUAGAUGAUUUUAUUAAAAACUCUGCAAUUUAUGGUAUAAGAAAUAUAUAGUCAAUCAUUGUUAUUGUAAAUUAAAUAAAAAAUGUUUCAUUCCGAAAUUAGC